AGUCCUGCAAGGAGCACACCCGGCUGUCCACCUGCUGCAGAGAUGGUGCACGCAACCUCCCCGCUGCUGCUGCUGCUGCUGCUCAGCCUGGCUCUGGUGGCUCCUGGCCUCUCUGCCAGAAAGUGCUCGCUGACUGGGAAAUGGGACAACGACCUGGGCUCCAUCAUGACCAUCGGAGCUGUGAACGACAAUGGCGAGUUCAAUGGCACCUACAUCACAGCUGUAGCAGAUAAUCCAGGAAACAUCACGCGAUCACCACUGCUUGGGAUCCAACACAAAAGAGCCUGCCAGCCCACCUUUGGCUUCACUGUCCAUUGGAACUUUUCAGAGUCCACCAGUGUCUUUGUGGGCCAGUGCUUCGUGGACAAGGGUGGAAAGGAGGUCCUGAAGACCAAAUGGCUGCAACGGUUAGCAGUUGAUGACAUUAGUGAUGACUGGAAAGCUACCAGGGUCGGCAACAACGACUUCACUCGCCAGCGCACAGUGGAGGAGUGAGGAUGGCCCCGCAAAGCCAGCAACAAUGCCGGAGUGCUGACACUGCUUGUGAUAUUCCUCCCAAUAAAGCUUUGCCUCAGACACA